ACUGCUCGAACCAAGCUGAUCUGCUGGCUAGUGUCGAGGUUCGUUCACAAGAUGGCAGACGGGCCGUCCGUAGGAGACGCGGCCACCGACCUGGGGAACGAAAAUCGCCGCGUACCUCGGGAGCGACAUAAACGUCUCCUCGAAUCUGUACCGGGCACCGCUAGGUUGUUCUUGUCACAGGAGGACAAGCCUUCAAUCGAGGUCCUUGAGCUGCAACUGAAGCAUCAACGCUAUGACGCGAUUGACGAUAAAAGUCGUAGUAUUAGUAGCAGCAACCAACAAGUAGUACUUGUGGACAAGGAUUCUUCGCGAUUCACAGCUUCGAGUAGCGGUGAUGAUUACGAGGAAGACGCGGACGGCGAUGACGAGGACGAGGACGGUCGCAGUGGUGGAAUCGCGAGUGUAAACCCAAGCGUCACCCUGGUGAAGGUGACUUCGCUGACAUCACCAAAAUCGACGUCAAGCGAUUCAGUCGCUAAAGACGCGGACGGACCGGUCGUGGGUUUUGUUGAGAAAACAAGUGAGCGAAUGCUAGUGCGAGAGAAGGAUAAGACGAGAAAGAUGGGCAAGGGUGGUUGCAUUAAGAAGAUAGAAAAGGUGAUUACCGCGGUAGAGUGUGGUGAGUCGCGCAAGAUGGAAAAAGAGGAGGAUGAAGACGAAGAAGCGAUCAAGGAGAAGGAGGGCUUGUCCCAGGGCCGCCUUACAACAGGCAGACUGCAGGGCAGUCCCUUCAAGGGACAAAUCAGAUCCGCCGAGGACACCCUCGUCGGGCCCUGCGGCAAGAAGCGGUGCGCCGAUCGAUACGACAGCUCCGAAAGCUCCGACAGGGGACGUAGCAUCGAGGGCCUGGAGCAACUUCGAAUUCAGUGAGCGGUAGUGUCGCUGCAGACUGGAAGGGGAAGGGUACGCAGGUAGCCGUGGAGGAAAUGACGACUGCCCAGCUGAAAACUAUCUAUUUAUAAGGGUUUUAUGACAUCAUUUUGCGGCUAGGAUCUGUUAGAACGACAGUUUAUUUAUUAUUCCAUUAACCUGAAUUUAACUGUUCCUUUGUACUGGCGAGCGUCAAAAUAACCUGGCUUCUUUAGUUUCCAAAAACUUAGCAUAUUGUAAUUAUUUUUCCUUCAAAAUUUUAAUUGGACGGAAAUUUCUACAAAAAUUAGAGCCUGCGUUAUUGUUCAUCUAAAAAAAAAAAUGUUACUCUCAGGAUGCUUGAAGAAUUUUUCAAAGUAUAAACUGUUAGAAAAAUCUGUAUCAAAUUUAAUACAAAUGUAUAUCAAGUCAUUUGCAUAAACGGUAGUUGAAAUUUAAUAUACAUUGA